AACAUUUUAUUGAUGAAAAAUGUGAAUCAUAUGCAAGCAGCAUUUUCCCCCCUCUCUCGUUAGAAAAAAACACAACAGUUUGUACCUGCUGGCAAAAUUGGUUUACUCUGCAAGGAUGGUACUGUGUUUUACCCCUCUUUGCUUAUUAAAGAGUUAAACACUUUUGCAAUUAUAUUUAUUUCAUUUUUACAUUUCUCUCCCUUAGCCUCUGUGUGUCCAUUGAAAACAUUUUUGGGUCCUUUCACAAUUUUCCCAGAACUGCCUUCCAAUCGUGCCCAUGGAGAGGUGGUUAUACUCUGUUCUCCCACUGGCUCAGACACGCAGCUUGUCUAGAAAGCCACAGCCGCUGUGGAGGAGGUGAGAGGUCAGCUCUUCCGUUGGUCCUGGUGAGGGCAGAAUUUUUACUUAGGCAGGAGGUGCACUGACUGGCAAAGGGAAGAGAAAAGGGUUCGCCCUGGACCCCGCAAAUCCGCCUCUUGGAGCGAACAGCCGGCAGGUAGAGGGGCCUAUUAGAGACUGCCCAAUUCCCGGUAGGGCCAACCCCAGCCAGGAAGAAGACCUGAGGCGUAGGACCCCUGCGCAGGAGGUUGCAGGAAUGCCCCGCCCUGGCCCCAAGGUUCCUCCUGGCCCGUAGAGCUUUCGUGAUCUCCGCCAAAAUGCGAACGGUGAGGUCCUGGUAUGGAUCCAGUUUUUCGUCCGAAACCUGAAAACACUAGCUUGAGAUUUCGCAGUUCUGGCCCUCGGGCUCGACUCGGAGGCGCAUCCCCAAUCCCCACGGAACGAAUUCCGCAUAGGCCGCAGCUAAAAUGCAUUUUCCCAAGGCAGUAAAAGUGACCCCUGCCCCUAACAACCUUCCGGGCUUUCUCUUCUGGCUACCACCUCUCCCAGGGUGCGCUGAAAUCUCUUUAUCAUUAUCGUUUUUUAUAAAUGAAAAGAUUUACUUUUGCGCUCUUUGCAGGGAAUGAAAGGAGUUGAUCCUGACUCCAAGAUGCAUUCCAAAGAAAGAAAACGCAACUGUAGCCCGGACUCCGCGGAGGAAGGCCAACUGACUCCACCACGUGCACUUCCGAGCCACUUGGGCCCAGCUCGCUGUGUUAAUUAUGGGUUCUAAUUUUAUUGCAACUCGGCACCUCCUGGUUUGUUCCCACUAUAGUGGUCUUAAAAAGAAACACACACAGGCAUACCCCAGAAAGAAUCCCCGAGAAGGCAAAGGUGGAUUUUUUCGGUGCUUGAGUUGAUGCUCUGAGUGCGCACUGAGAGUUACGGGCAUGUCCUGGCCCUCGGGAAACAAAUUACAGUCAAGAGCAGGAUAUUUCCCGGUCCUCUCCAUGCCCCUCUGUGCGCCGCUCGGCCACGGGGCUCCUGGAACAUGUUGUGCACCGCCCCAGUGGCUGCGGACCUCACCUCUACGCCCUGGAUGGCCGGGGCCAGGAGGAGACGUGUAGGCAGUCUCCCGCCCUCACCCAGUCAUCUGCGACCUCCUCGGCGUGGAUUCUUGGCCCGUAGUGAGGAGGACAAGGUUGCAGAUCCUCUUUGCUACAGGUUCUGGGUCCGGCCUUGGGCGGCAUUCUGUCUUCUAAAGUGUGGAGGUGGGUAGAAGAGUGUCCACUUUCAGUGUAGACACCUGCGGUAUGGGGGCUUCUUUGGGGGCUCCAGCGUGAGGUGCUCCUGCAGAUUCGGGGAAUGGAGAGAACAACAAUGGGGACAUGGUGGAAUUCAGAUUUCCUCCUGUUAAUUAACAAUAUGAUUUCGUUUAAUCCAAGUGUCUUGUGUGCUCUUAUUUAAUGUCUUGUAAAACGGGAACUAGAAUAAUACCUCCUUGGUACGGUUGUUGUGUUAGACGUGAGCCCUCAGCAAAUUGUAGGAUGAACUGGAGAAGAAUGGGUCCAUCACUCCCCACACCCUUCCCUGCAGAGUUUCUUUGCUGCACCCAGCUUUCCCGCCCUGGCGCAAGGACAGCUCACUACCAGUGUCCUUGAGUAGCCCCCGGGGGCCGCAAGAGAAUCCAGCCGGGUAGGGCAUGGAAGGUGGGUUUUCGGUGAAUCGUGAAAAGACAUGAUCGGGUUUCCCUUGGAGCAUGGUGGAGAAUGGUGGGGAGCUUUGGAGUCAAUGGAGAGUUGAGGGUGCAGAGGGAUCUGAAAGGGGGUACCAAAAAUGUCGGGCUUUGAAGUUCUGUGGAUUUUCAAAGGCGGUUCCCAAUCUUGUCAAAAACUGCAGUGGGAGCGCGAUCUAAUCUGGUUCCUAUAGGUGGCGCUGUGACAAGGUGCGGUGGCCGGGAGAGGCGGCUGGGGUACUAGAAGACUGCGGGAAAUUUUCUGUGACUACAACGCUAACCCUCUGCUCCCAGCCUCCGCUUCCUGUUUUCGAGGGAUUAGCUAGGACUAUGCAACACCAGUCUCCGCUUUCGGAGUCGGCACGGGGCUGGUGGGUGGCGGGGUGAACUCGGGGAAGGCGACAGGCUGGAAACACAGCGCCUAGACUUUGCAGCGCACCAACUCCCUAUCGCCCGGUACGCUGCUCAGGUGCGAGGACUCGCCAGACUGCACAGGACUGGGGGCGACUCGCAAGGGCGUCAUGCCACCUAGAGGAAACGCGCAGUGAGUGAGCCCUGGGUCACUGAAAAUGGGAGAACUCUUGUGUCCGUCAAGAUGACUCCGGCCUGAGGGUUGAUUCAGACUCCUCGGAAGCCAGAAGUUAGAGUGGGUUGGUCCCUCCAUCAGCAGUUCGGGCGCAGCCGAAGCUUGGGGCCUAGAGGGCAGAGGCCCGGCUCUGAUCAGAGAACAGCGGGCUGGGCCUCACAGCCUGCAGGCAACCUGGACCUUGCAAUAAAGCUGCAUUCAACAUAACUCAGACCACAGUGGGAGCCCCCGAAGGGUUUCAUGUGAGUCCUGAAACCAGGGUUUAGAGGCUUGGCCUGGUUCUCGUUUAUCUUUUCCAGACAGCAUUUAGGCCAAUAGGGUCUUUGGAAGGAGGCAGCCCCAAAGCCCUCACGCCUGAGGGCAGGGUCUCAAACCAGCAAUCUUGCUUUUCCCACACGCAGCUGCACCUCUCCUGAGCGCUGCAGCUCACCGCUGUAUAGUGACCAUGUACUGCGUCCUCCUCACCAAGCUGCGCAACUUCUGCUAAUGCUGCCACCCUGGCAAGACGAAAUCCCCCUCCCUCUGGCUAGAUCAGCUCAGCCUCCCCUCAGGGACCCUCCCUGCCCCUAGGCCGCUCCCCUCUUCCUCUGUUGGGAUCCGAUCCUUGUUCGCUCUUGCAAUCCCGCAGCCCAGAGUUUUGCCCCCUGCAUAAAAAUAUGUUCUCUUUCAUUUGCGGAUUUAAUAAACAAACGUAAUCAUAUCACAUGGAGCUCCACACUGUCCUUCUGAAAGCAAUUCCACUGUUGAAAACUGAAAAAUGGGUGUAAUUUGCGUUCAGAAAGUAAUGUUAGGGUCACGGCAAUUUCCCCGGCCGUUAUUUAUUUUUACUUUAAAGUCUUUAGGAAAGAUUUGCUUAUAUGCUCGGAAAGCUUCCAAAUGCGAGAAUACCAGCAAUCCCGCUCGCCUUCAACGCGUGGGGUAAGGGGGGUGGGGAACAAUUACUGAGUGACGCUAAUAUGGGGAAACUGAAAAGAAAUGUCGAUUGUUUUUACUGUAAUAGAAGGAGUGAGCAAACAGAAAAACCAACCCCGGGUGAUCGGAAACAGGCAGGCGGAGAAUUAAAAGCGGAUUUCAGACAGCAACAGGCCCCUCCCCUGCCCUCGCAAGGAGAAAGCGGGCGACGAGCUCUCUCAGCCGGUGGGGCCGAUCCCACCGCCCGCAGGGCUCAGGUCCCGUCGCUGUCGGACCCUCAGAACGCCGGGACGCAUUUCCGAGCUCGGGCCCGACCCAACCCGCUGCCAUUCUAGCUACCUCGUGGAGUCACGGAGAGACUCUUGAACCGUAAGGCUCCUUGAUGAGACGGUGGAGAGACCGCGGGGCUAUUCUCCAAGCAUCUUCCGGUCGCGCUCUGCUCCUCUCGGUGCGCUUGCGGCUUCUCCUUGGGCUGGUGCGUCCACAGUCCCUCCAAGUCCAGGCCGCAGUCACCCAGGUGGGGAGCCAGCCUGAAAGAGACAGCGGAAGGAGUUUCCUGGACUGCGCUGUAGCUCACCGACCCGCACCAAUCACCACGCAGCUUGCCCUCGGACCCGCCCCUUUUAGGGCGUGUCCCCAGUGAGUGAUAGACUGAGCCGCCCGGCCCCGCUCAGCCCAGCCCACGUUGCUGCUUAGAUUGAAAUGCAGAACUCAAGUCUCUUUCAUCGGGGCACAGACUUCCUUUUACUUCUUCCUUUUGCACUCUCGCCUCCUCCUCCUGGGAAGAAUCGGAGGCGCCGGCGGUCCGCCCGGGUAGCAACAGGCCGGGCCACUGACGCGGUGCGGAAAGUUUCUGUCUGGGAGUGCGAAUUUGGGGCCGGGUUGGUGUACUGCUCAGAGCAAUGGAGCCAGCCUUCGGGGAGGUGAACCAGCUGGGAGGAGUGUUCGUGAACGGGAGGCCGCUGCCCAACGCCAUCCGGCUUCGCAUCGUGGAACUGGCCCAACUGGGCAUCCGACCGUGUGACAUCAGCCGACAGCUACGGGUCUCGCACGGCUGCGUCAGCAAGAUCCUGGCGCGAUACAACGAGACGGGCUCGAUCUUGCCAGGAGCCAUCGGGGGCAGCAAGCCCCGGGUCACUACCCCCACCGUGGUGAAACACAUCCGGACCUACAAGCAGAGGGACCCCGGCAUCUUCGCCUGGGAGAUCCGGGACCGCCUGCUGGCGGACGGCGUGUGCGACAAGUACAACGUGCCCUCCGUGAGCUCCAUCAGCCGUAUUCUGCGCAACAAGAUCGGCAACUUGGCCCAGCAGGGUCAUUACGACUCAUACAAGCAGCACCAGCCGACGCCGCAGCCAGCGCUGCCGUACAACCACAUCUACUCGUACCCCAGCCCUAUCACGGCGGCGGCCGCCAAGGUGCCCACGCCACCCGGGGUGCCUGCCAUCCCUGGUUCGGUGGCCAUGCCGCGCACCUGGCCCUCCUCGCACUCCGUCACAGACAUCCUGGGCAUCCGCUCCAUCACCGACCAAGUGAGCGACAGCUCCCCCUACCACAGCCCCAAGGUGGAGGAGUGGAGCAGCCUGGGCCGCAACAACUUCCCCGCCACCGCCCCGCACGCGGUGAACGGGUUGGAAAAGGGAGUCCUGGAGCAGGAAGCCAAGUACGGUCAGGCACCAAAUGGUCUCCCAGCUGUGGGCAGUUUUGUGUCAGCAUCCAGCAUGGCUCCUUACCCUACCCCGGCCCAAGUGUCGCCUUACAUGACCUACAGCGCUUCUCCUUCUGGUUAUGUUGCUGGACAUGGGUGGCAACAUGCUGGCAGCACCCCAUUGUCUCCCCACAACUGUGACAUUCCCGCAUCGCUGGCGUUCAAGGGAAUGCAGGCAGCCAGAGAAGGUAGUCAUUCUGUCACGGCUUCCGCACUCUGAUGGGAAAUUCCGUCUCCAGCAGCUUCACCCGGGUCUCCCCAUAUCAGCACCUCCUCCCCCAAUUCGCAGGUCUCACAUUCCACCCCUCCUGCCCUCCAACUCUCCUGCCUUGAAAGCUGGCUGUACGGACUCACAUCCUUUGUGCUGAUGAUACUUACAUAUUUCUUGCCAUAACUUUUCUCUUGCAGAAAAACUGACAUGACUUUAGAAUUUAAAAACAAGAGCAACAAUAAAUGAGACAUUGUGUUGCCCACAUACUGUCUUAAUAUAGCAAAGAAACCUACACCCCUCAAAGGGUUUAAGGAACUUUACAAACUAGUCUUUGGUAAAACCACAUGUGUAUAUUUAUUCUAAAUCAACCUAAACUUUUGAAAUGUGCAAUUGUUGAGAUUUUGCAAAAUCAAUAAAGGAAAGUACUUAUAGAAAAAAAAUUAUGCUACACCCUCUAAUCAAAUAUGGUAACCAAGUAAGCUUUAAUUCAUCAUUAGGAAACAAAUCAAUAAUUGACUUGUUUGAGUGAUCCUUUGUUUAUCUUUAAGACAUGACCUAUUUUGUUGAAAAAUAUAUGUAGAACCCAAGCAAUAUCUGAAUCUAGCUCUCCCUGGUGUUUUGACUUGGUUCCAAAUACAAUACUGUUUAUAUUUUCUAUUAGUUUGUAAAUAUGGACUCUGGAUGGUGCAUUUGUGUCUUCAUUCCAUAAGAUAUUCCCCUCCCCCCAGCCCCACCCCCUUCUCUAUUUUUUUCUUUCUUUUUUGCAAAGGUGACUUUCUGGCAACGUCUUUGUCUCUGUUUGGUGGUGGGCUGCUCGGGCUCCUGGACCUGGACUUGCCCCCAAAUUUUGUGUAUGCAGUGAAGGCUUCAACAUCUCAUGAAGGACACUUUCUUUCUACAGCAGAGGACACGAAAAACAAAUAAAACAAGCCAGUCUCCCAUUUUGUACCUAAUCAAACAACACACACGCCAAGCAUAUAAAGACAAGAGGGUGGAAGAUAUCUGAACAAGAAGGCUCUAAAGGAAGUCACUUAGAAACUUAAGUUUAAUGUGAAAUGUUUUGCAAAGAUGCUUAAAAUGAACUUUGUGUUAAGAAAACCACUGUGAAACUAAAUUGUACUGUUAUUGUUGGCUUACCUGUGUGUUCAGCAAUCUCAGCCCAAAAUUAUGUUGUAAUUUAAAGAAAAUGGAAAAUUCUGCUCUAAUGAAUGUAACAAUGGCUUGCUGUGAAGUUUACAUUGUUGUACAGAAGCAUGUAUCACAUGUAGGUAAACUGGUGGUGGUACUAGAAAUACAAUGUUAUUUAAUUUUAACAAAUUCCCUUUAUUCAUUUCUGAAAUUACAGAACACAGUUUAACUCAUAAACCUUUCUAGACCAAUUUAUUUUUCACUUUAAUGUUAAUAACAGCUGUGGAGUAUAUGUGUGUGUGAGCAUGUGAGUAGUAUGUGUUGUAUUUUAAAACGAUUGAUUUUCUGGGGCAAAAUUCUACAGUUUGUAAUCCCUUCUGUUUAGGAAGUUCUUCCUGGUUGGCAAAAUAGGCUUAAAAAUAUGUUUUUAGGACAUUGGUACAAUUCAACUGUUGGAAAAUUAAUAUAUUGAGGGUUUUUUUGGUACUAAUUCUGUGCAAUAACUAAAAGAGCACCUCACUGGAUAUGGAUGUUGAAGAUGGAUUCCCUAGGUGAUUUUAAUUUCUUCCCAUCUGUGCUGUGCAGUCUACAUGGCAAUGCAGUUCCACCACAUCAGUUUCAUGGCUUCAUUUAAAACUCAGAUGGCUAGAUUAGUUAGGUUUUCAAAUCACUAGGAUGUAAACAGUAAGCAGAUUAACAUAACAAGUUAUGUUAGAGUGACUGCUUUUUUCAAACAGCAGAUAUCUUGUAGAGAGCUUUGAACUGCAUUUAUUUCUAAAGCAACCGAAAUUCAGUGCUACAAAUAGAGGAUUAUAACUUCAGGAGAAGAAAAAGCAGGAGCAGAUGAACUCUCAGGGCCAUAGUCUUCCUUUGAUCUUGUAAAACUCCCAUUGACAUCUGGAGUUCCCAGUCUGGUGAGAAAAUAGACUAUAAACUGAAUGGAACAAAGAUCCAAUCCAAUAAUUUGGUGGAGACUUUAAAACCAUACCAUGCAGGGACUUUCCUGUCAUCUGAAAAACUGAUGUAAGGUACAGAACUAUUCUUUAUCAAACGUUUUUAGGUGGCUGUUAGGGGGCUUUAAAAAUUAAUAAUUGCUUGUGUGGAAAUGCAAAUAAUGUUAUUUUCUUUAUCUAAAUUAAGAAAUCUCUUGUUAUUGUGCUAUUUAUAAUUUUUUUCUGGUUCUUGUAUUUUAAAAAAUCUAAUAUUAAUGGUAUCGAAGUUUCCUUUUCUCCCUCUAGGUCUUAACAGUGAAUUCACAUGGAGUAAUUUUUAAAAGACAACAGAUACAAUUUGCUAUUCAAAGAAAAUUAUGAUUUAAAGCCACUUUUUAAAAUACAAGAAGAAAAAUGGAAUGGAUUAAAGGGUUAACUUUUAAAGAUAAUUAUUAUUGGUUAAUGUUGACGUAUUUCCUCCAUCUCAUAGAUGAUAAAAGUGUUGCUUUUAAACUGGCAAAUGCACUCUUCAGAAAUCCUUUUCUAUCUCAUCCACAUGGAGAGGUUAAAGGUUCAAUUUCAUGGCCUCUAUGCAGGCAGUGCUCUCAUAGAAUGCAAGAGUAUUACCUGCAAGGAUAGAAUGCAGUUGUGCACAGAGACACAUUCUCAUUUCUCUUUUUUAACAAUUUUGUUUUGUUUUUAAUGACCCUUUUAUUGACUAUUGGACUGAAAUAUAAAUUUUAAAAAACACGUUGGAAAGGAUGUACAACAGAAGGCUAUGUAUGUAUAUACAGUAUGUCAAAAGCCUUUUAUUUUUAUACUUCAAAUGCUCUAAAUUAAUAAAAAGUAAUAAUUA